GCCGCCUCUGCCGCCGAGAGUAAGGAAGCGCGAGAGCCGGGCGCCCGGCUGUCAGUGAGCGUGGGGCCAGCCAGCGAGUGAGCGGCUCCGCUCCCGCUCCGCGCCGCUCCGCCCGACUCUCCCCGGCCGCCGCCGCUGCCGCCGCACCUCCUCACAGCGACCUCCACCGCCGGCCCGCGCCCCUCGCCCGGGGUCGCCCUCGCCCCGCUGCUCCGCCCCCGCCCACCCGGCCCUCCCGGGCUGCUGCUCCCCGGCGGAGGCAAGAGGUGGUUGGGGGGGACCAUGGCUGACGUUUUCUCGGCCAACGACUCCACGACGCCUCUGGACGUGGCCAACCGCUUCGCCCGCAAAGGGGCGCUGAGGCAGAAGAACGUGCACGAGGUGAAGGACCACAAAUUCAUCGCCCGCUUCUUCAAGCAGCCCACCUUCUGCAGCCACUGCACCGACUUCAUCUGGGGGUUUGGGAAACAAGGUUUCCAGUGCCAAGUUUGCUGUUUUGUGGUUCACAAGAGGUGCCAUGAAUUCGUUACUUUUUCUUGUCCGGGUGCGGACAAGGGACCCGACACCGAUGACCCCCGGAGCAAGCACAAGUUCAAAAUCCACACCUAUGGAAGCCCCACCUUCUGUGACCACUGCGGGUCGCUGCUGUACGGGCUCAUCCACCAGGGGAUGAAAUGCGACACCUGUGAUAUGAACGUGCACAAGCAGUGUGUGAUCAACGUGCCCAGCCUCUGUGGGAUGGACCACACGGAGAAGAGGGGCCGGAUCUACCUGAAGGCGGAGGUCACCGACGAAAAGCUCCACGUCACAGUACAAGAUGCGAAAAAUCUAAUCCCCAUGGAUCCAAAUGGACUUUCAGACCCGUACGUGAAGCUCAAGCUCAUUCCUGAUCCCAAGAAUGAAAGCAAACAAAAAACCAAAACCAUCCGCUCCACACUAAACCCCCAGUGGAACGAGUCCUUCACGUUCAAAUUGAAACCUUCAGAUAAAGACCGGCGGCUGUCCAUAGAAAUCUGGGACUGGGACCGGACGACAAGGAACGACUUCAUGGGGUCGCUUUCCUUCGGCGUUUCGGAGCUGAUGAAGAUGCCGGCCAGUGGAUGGUACAAGCUGCUGAACCAAGAAGAAGGGGAGUACUACAACGUACCCAUUCCAGAAGGGGACGAGGAGGGGAACGCGGAGCUCAGGCAGAAGUUCGAGAAAGCCAAGCUUGGCCCCGCUGGGAACAGAGCGUACGGCCCCUCGCCAGACAGGAGACUUUCCAACAACCUGGACCGCGUGAAGCUCACCGACUUCAAUUUCCUCAUGGUGCUGGGGAAGGGGAGUUUUGGGAAGGUGAUGCUGGCGGACAGGAAGGGCACAGAAGAGCUCUACGCCAUCAAAAUCCUGAAGAAGGACGUGGUGAUCCAGGACGACGACGUGGAGUGCACCAUGGUGGAGAAGCGCGUGCUGGCCCUGCUGGACAAGCCCCCGUUCCUGACGCAGCUGCACUCCUGCUUCCAGACCGUGGAUCGGCUGUACUUCGUCAUGGAAUAUGUCAACGGCGGGGACCUCAUGUACCACAUCCAGCAAGUAGGAAAAUUUAAGGAGCCACAAGCAGUAUUCUAUGCAGCAGAGAUUUCCAUUGGACUGUUCUUCCUUCAUAAACGAGGAAUCAUUUAUAGGGACCUGAAGUUAGACAACGUCAUGCUGGACUCGGAGGGGCACAUCAAGAUCGCCGACUUCGGGAUGUGCAAGGAGCACAUGAUGGACGGCGUCACGACCAGGACCUUCUGUGGGACCCCAGACUACAUCGCCCCGGAGAUAAUCGCUUAUCAGCCGUACGGGAAGUCCGUGGACUGGUGGGCCUAUGGCGUCCUGUUAUAUGAAAUGCUGGCUGGGCAGCCUCCAUUUGACGGCGAGGACGAGGACGAACUCUUUCAGUCUAUCAUGGAGCACAACGUCUCUUACCCCAAAUCCUUGUCCAAGGAGGCCGUCUCCAUCUGCAAGGGACUGAUGACCAAGCACCCGGGCAAGCGGCUGGGCUGCGGGCCCGAGGGCGAGCGGGACGUGCGCGAACACGCCUUCUUCCGGAGGAUCGACUGGGAGAAGCUGGAGAACAGGGAGAUCCAGCCGCCCUUCAAGCCCAAAGUGUGUGGCAAAGGCGCGGAAAACUUCGACAAGUUCUUCACACGCGGGCAGCCCGUCCUAACGCCGCCCGACCAGCUGGUCAUCGCUAACAUCGACCAGGCUGAUUUCGAAGGGUUCUCGUAUGUCAACCCCCAGUUUGUGCACCCCAUCCUACAGAGCCCAGUAUGAAGCUCGCCCACGAGAACACACGCCUCCCCUGCCCCCGCCCCACCCCGCGCCCCUCCCGCAGUGGGAACUGAUCCUUCACCCGACACUUCAAGGCCGAGGCCUUGUUUCUCGGUCCAGGCGGAGGCCAGAAAGAUCGUACGGUUGUUAGUCCAAACGUGACCUCCCGUUCAGGGCCUUUCUCUUACAACCAAGAACCUUAUCUUAGCGGAAGAGAACACAGAGCUCAGCGUCCAGUUUCGUCAUGUGGAGGCCGCCUCCGGCGUAGGGCAGCCCUUCCUGGAAAGCAAACAGACUCUUGCCCCUUUUUGGUACGAUUUGAUACGUUUCCCCGUCCUGUCGGUUCUCACCAUCAGAAUCCUGCCCCCGCCCCAACCAGAGCUGUGGGCCGGACACGGCCCCACCCAGGCGCCUUGGGAAGGAGACAGGGACCCAGAGAGCAGAGAGCGAGCCGGGCGGGUGGGGGUGGGCCGGCGCGGAGCACCUGCCCUUCGUUCUCCAUGGAAAGAGUCGCCCGUUGCCAGCUCCCUGUUCCCAGACGUUGACAGUCAUGACCCCAUCACGGCCCGGCGGUUACCGGAUUUUUUAAGAAAAGAGAGGAAGCCUCGGGUGGGUGUCCGUGGGCCUGUCGUCUCGUCCCCACGCGGUCGCUCCCCGUCGUGAUGCCUGCAUUUCUUUGUAAGAGGCCAAACCUUCUAAGGACUUUGCACAGGACGUCACUUCCCAUCCAGGACACACCAGUGCGUGUGUGUGUGCGUGUGCGCGUCCGUGUUAACCUCUGGGAGAUGACGCUGAGAUCUGAUCGGGGUGCCAUCCGCCACACCACCACGCACCAGUGUUGUUAGCCAACCCUCCUCCCCCCACCCCCACAUAUACCCAUGUUUUGCUACCUGCUUCCUAGGGAGCGAAGUGUACGCCCGCCCCUUUUGUAUUUAUUUAUUGACUAGGCUGCGGUGUCGUGUAGGGGAGUACGAUGUACAGUAACUUAAAGUGUUGACUUGAGACUCGGUCCCUCCCGUCUCUGGCCCUGACAUCCCCUGAGGGAUGAAAAACAAUCCGGCUUCGGCCCCCACGUCCGGCUCGUGCCGAAUGACCCACCUGAGGCUGUAGAAUCAGGAGACCUGGCCGCGCAUCCGCUCAGAGAUGCUGUCUUGCGAGAAGGGUUUUCCUGUGUUUUGCAGAUGCAUCAUGCAAUGAAGUCUGCAUGUGUCUGAUAAACCUGCAUCACAAGCGAAUCUAUACACUGAUACAAGCGUAUCAAGCAUAUGGAGAGUAUUACCCUAAUUUCAUAAGAGAAAAUUGUGCUAUACUCGUGAAGGCUCUUGUUUCUAACCUGCUUCUGUGAUUAAGUUUUAGUAAAUUCGUUGCUGCCCCGCUUCCUCUCCCCUCCCCGACCCCGUGUGCCCCCUGCGCAUUGCCUCUGUAUCGGACAUACUGAUUUUUUAACAUAGAUCUAAUUUCAGAAAUGAAUGGCUACUUUACCUGAUUAAUUAGCUAUAUAUAUGUAUUUGAUUCUACCUGCAAAAGGAAGCUUUGGGGGAUUAUAUUUGGGAAGAGAUUGUCUCUUAGCUUCUUGCACCAGCUUCUGUGCGGUGCUGUGUCCCUCUUCCUCCCGGGGAAGCGGGGAUGUCGGACUCCAGUGCGAGCAGAGGUGGUGUGAUCACAGCCCCCCCACCCCCAGUCCUUUCAGCCUCGUUGCUGUGUGUGACUCAGGGAGGGGGGAGGGUGCCCCUGCUGAUCCGUGUGCGUGGCCACACCAGACGCCUCGUGCCCUGGAGGGACCGCACGCCUGCUCCUCACGUGCAGACUUCCCGAGACAGACUGUCCCUGGAGCUCCCAGCGGACCCUUUUGGAGGCUGCAGGGCCCCCCAGCUGCCCUGGAACCAGCCGGGAGCCCUCUGUGGGGGGCAGCAUCCCAGGCCAGGCCCUCGAGGAGCCGGCCUCUGGGCAGAAAGAACGUCCAGAAUGGAAGCCACCUCGUCCCGCCAGGGUUUGCGUCUCUCCUGGUUCCCGGGAGCAGCUCCAGGCUGAGUGCCUCCUCGACGUGGUUCUGCUGUUUGUCUGAUGUUGGUGGGACGCACGCCCACUGAGGGGCUUUGAGCUGGGGAGUGGGGGCGUGUCUGUCCUGGGAAGGAAGGGAGGGGGGUGGGGAGCAGGUCAGCCCCAGAAAGAGCAACUCCUCAGCCGCCUCGGAUGGGCUGUGGACUUCAGAGCGGCGGUCCUGCUGGUCAGCGCACGUGUGGGGGCCGCGUCCUCGCCAGGCCCACCUCCGUUUGGUCUGGUAGAAAAGGGACCAGUUUAUAGAAAGAGCCUAAGAAACAAAAGAGCCCGUCCUCGUGCCCAGAAUGGAGCCACGACAGACAGUGCCCCGCCAAGCUGAGGGGAGGGAGGCCCCGGAGAGGCCCUCAGGCUGGGCGUCGCUUGUCCUGAGCCCCGAGCCCACGCUGCCCGCCUGGGCUCAUCCCACCUGGGCUCCGGCUUUCCGGAAGCAGCGACUCAUUCCCAAUCACUCAGAUUUCCCCAGGAAACACACUCACCUCCCAGCUGCUGGCCUGCUUUCCGAGCCUGUGACGUUUUCAAAGAAAAGGCCACGUCUGCGGGCCGGCACUCCGCCCGCCCGAGGGACAGCAGGCUUGGGGACGGGCAGGGAGGCUGCCCGCGACCCAGCCUGCUCGGUGCGAUGCUGUGUCCUGGAUCCCGAUAGAGACUCCUGCUUGGAAGGUUCCAGCAGCCCAGACAGUCACUGCGGGAAGAUAAGGCACGUGGAGACCAUCCCAAAGCUGCCAGCAGCAGCGCCUGUGAGAUUCUAUGGCGCCAUCCUGCUCGCAGGCAUCAUGCGAAUAAAGGCCCAGCAGCCUGGUGGGGGCCGGAGGGAGGAGGACCUUACAGGUGAUGGGGGGGCCGGAGGAGGUUCCAGCCCGAGUUGCCAGGGCCCCGGCCGAAGCUAGCAGAAUCUGAGCCUCCCCCGGACGCAGCGGCCGUGCCUCCGAAAGGCCGGCACAAGGCCCUGCGGUAGUUUCUCUUGGACGGUGGCUGAGCCAGGCUGCAUCCCCCCCUGCGGCUGCCAACGGCAGGCUACAGCCCCUUCUCUCGGCAUCUCGGCGAAAGCCCCCAGGUGUCUGGUUUGAAUGGAAGGCUCUGGAGCAUGGCCGUCGGAGUUCACGGGAGGUUCACUCAAGGCAAGAACUGACUCCAGAGGUUGAUAAAUGACUGCUGGUCAACACGCCUAGUCCUCUCCUAUCCCCCUGGCCAGGCACAAGUUCGUGCAGUACCGCUGCCUGUCUUUCCUCAUGAGGCCUUCUUAUGGGGAUUUGGUGGAAAAUCAGAAGGUUGGGAGCUCUCUGGGAACAACCCGAGACUCGGCAAGGCCAGGAUGAAUGCAGCCCGCAUGUGAGCCCUGAGCUCGGCUCCCGCAGAGCGUGGGACCUGCUGGGGGUGAGGGUGCAGACCCAAGGGGGCCUCCUCCUGGUGAUCUGAGAGGUGAGAGGUCAGCGGAGGCGGAGGCGGGUGAGGCGUUGGGAGAAGAGCGGGUUCGGUGUGUCUGGAAGGAGGCUUGCCGAUGGAGGCGAAGGAGAGGGCCCCAGGGAGGGAAGCUGUUCCGUUUCCAGGGCUUCUAUCAAGGUCGUUGGUGCCGAUGAAACACCGCCGGCUGGUCCUUGGAGCGAGUCCGUUGCCAGGGAUGUAGCCUCGGCCUCACAAAGCAGCUCCCAAAUGCCAGCAGCAUCCUCACCAGCUGCCAGAGCCCCACCCCGCCCUGCGUGGGAGCAGCUGAGCCCCCACCACCCACCCGCCCUGGAAGCCAGCGGGUCCCACCAUCGCCAAGCACAGGGCAGCCGGCAGCCGGGGUGGAUGGGGAAGUCACCAAAACUAGCCGUGGUCCCCGCCUGAUUCCACUUCGCAAGGGAAACUCGAGGGUUUUUGUUUUUAGGGGGUUUUGCUGGGAUUUGUUUUCUCUCUGCUGAAGAAAGAAGAAAGCGGGAGUCCUGCGUUUUCAGAAGCCUCAGGAAGUCACCACCCUCUGACAGUCAUUGUCUCACUUGGGUCUUAUGGAGUCACCUGUUUCUCGUGCGUGCCGUUCACACCAAAUAAUCGCGAUCUCCAGCUUUCCGGGAAAGCUGAGCCAGGCACCGCCAGGGCUGCGGGAGCAGCGAUGGCUGACAGGCUGUGGAGGAGAGGGACGGGUGGAGGGCCUGCGCCCUGGCCUGACUGAGUGCUGGGAAGUAUUUUACACAUGCUCCUCGAGUUGCCUGGGUUACGUUUUGUGACAUACAGCCGACCGUAAACACGUCCGUCCUUUCCCGUCUGGGGAUCUGUCUAUUCCCGCUGUGAGGAGAUGCAGAACGUCGGGGAAGGGACCCCGAGGUAGGCAGGGAUGAAGCCCGUCGUCAUGGUGACCUCGGUUCCGUUAAUUCUGUGAUGUCCUGGACUCCGGGAGGGUUCCCUGUGCCUCUGUCCGUGAGCAAGUGUCCGUCAGUAACCCCAGAGGUGGGACUCGGCCAUCAAACAGCCUUACGAUGCCCCUACACUAAGGCCCACGGGUCCCAGAGACCUUUUCUAAACCUUAAGGGAGAAAUUAACUCCAGGAGAACAACUGGGUAUACUGGGCUCUUUGUACUUUUUUAUAGAGAACUUUAAUAACUCCGGCCUUCUUUUAAAAUGAGUUUUUAAAAUAAAACCCCUGACAAUUUGAUAAGAUUCCCAUCACACGCUCCCUGUGGGAGGGCUCAGCGGCGGUCAGCAGGGGCGGCCCCGACCUGCACUCCCUCUGCCGGUUUCCCGUGCCGGUGGGGUACGGCGACCUCCUCAGAAAGACGGGAAGUUCAGGUGGAGCAAUUGGCCGACUGACGCCCUCCGUAUUUUUGAUAGACACGAGGGACAGCUGUCUAAGAUCUAGGAACUCGUAGGCCCUGGAAAGAUGGCUUUAUUGUCCCUCUUCCAGAUGCAGCCCUAGGGUAGCACUCACGGGGGUCCCUGAGCCCCUCUCCUUGCUCUGUGUGGCUCUGUGACCACCCUUUGGCGGGGGGGGGGGGGGGAGGGCGCUUCCUCAGCUCUGUCUCCAGUCCCCGGAAGCAUGUCAGCAUCCCUGAGAAGGAAGAGGCAGCAGGCGCCCCCUGGCAUCAUGCAGAGUCCUUUCCUAUGUGCGUAGACGGAGCCCCACUUUUCAGAAAAUAAGUAUCAAGUCCACUUUAUAAGAACCCUUUUUUCUAAAACAAGACAGAGGGUGGCUUCGCACUUUCUGAUUAGACAGCAGUGUCUUGUCUCCGCUGCGGCAUAGCUCGGGAGGGCGUUUCCUGGGGUUGUCCGCAGUGGUGUUGGCGCUCUUCCUGGGAGAACCUGAUUCUUUUCCCGAGGGGGUCAGUGGACGCUGUGAAGUCAUCCAUGAAGGCGGUUAUUCUUUUAGGUCCAAAGGGUCUAAAAACUCACCUCAUAUCCCUUCUCUUAGGGUAUUUCAGAAUAACUUUUCUAGAUGGUCAGAAACACUUGAAAUCAUUGCUUUUGCUACGUAAUAUCGUGUGUGUGUGUGUGGAGGACCUGCCAUGUAAAGUGUUCAUUGGAAACCAUCGCGUAAGACCCCCAGUUCAUGUGAAGGAGGAAGACAGAGACGGAGGUUGAGGUUUCUUUCUUCUGUAUUAGCACCUACGGACAGCUGUAGGCCAGCAGCUGCCUGAUGGCGCUGGGUUUAUAGCGGGCGAGAUGAAUGUAUAAAUUACUGCAUUGCUUUCCUCAAUUCGUAUGACCUCUAACCUUUGUUUGCAUGACAUGCUUUGUUAGAUACAUUAUUAAGUGUGUAUGAAUAAACAUAAUGAUCAUUCCUUAGUGU